ACUUUCAUAUGUUUGGCGGCGAGCGACAGUCUAAUGUUUUUUGUCUGCUGCUUGCACACGUAGACGACGAUGUAAACAGCUAGGCUGGCCGGUUUGUUACAAUCGGAAUAAACGAACUUUUCAAUCAUGGCAUCGGGCGGCGAAGCAAAACUAGAUAUGUACGAUGACUUCAGUGGGUCUGUUGAAGGGGAAAUGAUAGUCCCAAACCAGCAACAGAACCAACAGCAAGGAAAACCUGACUUCAACACUUUAGAUGAACCAAUCAGGGAUACUGUGUUACGUGACCUCAAGGCUGUUGGUAUUAAGUUCUUUCAUGUCCUCUACCCCAAAGAAAAGAAAAGCCUGUUAAAAGAAUGGGAUCUUUGGGGACCAUUACUUCUCUGCACUUUUAUGGCUAUGAUUCUUCAAGGCUCAUCUGAAGUGGCAAAUGAUUCAAAAGAUGGAGGGCCAGAAUUUGCAGAGGUUUUUGUGAUUGUCUGGAUUGGAUCAAUGAUAGUAACAGUGAAUUCAAAGCUCCUUGGGGGAAAUAUAUCAUUUUUCCAGAGUGUUUGCGUCCUUGGUUAUUGCUUACUUCCUACAACAAUUGCUCUUAUCAUGUGUAGAAUAAUUCUUCUCAUGGAACAAACAACGUUUCUAUUUGCUAUCAGAUUUAUAGUGACAGUUGUAGGCUUUGCCUGGGCAACAUUUGCUUCCAUGGUUUUCCUCGGUGACAGUCAGCCACCGGGAAGGAAGGCUCUUGCAGUGUAUCCAAUGUUCUUGUUCUAUUUCAUUAUAUCAUGGCUUGUGAUUUCCCAUACGACAACAUAAAUGUUAUUUAUAGAUACAAUUGAUCAUGUGAUGAAGGUGCAAACAUUCCAGAUUGAUUUGUAUAUUUUGUACAGCAACUGAGAAAACUGAUUAAACAUGCCAGACUUUUAGGCAUUCAACUUGUAAAUUUAUUCUUCUUGUAAAAAUCAAUCAGUUUAUUUCUGUGCUACUUGCCAAAAUGAUUUACCUGCAGCAAAAUAGUUGCUAGUUACUCAAAAAUGAAUAAUGUGGCAAUUCAAGCAAGAUCUAGUCUUUGUCUAAUGGAAUUUUAUGCCUUUUUUGUACCUUUUAACUAUAAAUAUUUUCCAGCUCAGUAUAUAGUGAAACCUUGACUUUAUUACAUAAGGGACUGGCCAGAUAUACGAGGGUUGUCCAGAAAGUAAGUUCCGAUCAGUCGCUAAAUAGAAACCACAGUGAAAAUCAGAAACAUUUUAUUUGCAAGAGUUAGCUACACUUUCCAGGUACUUUUCUACAUAGUCGCCACUCCGACUUGGAAAUUUGGUAUAAUGCUCCAACAGAUGUCUAACACCAUUGUUAUAGAAGGCAGCCACCUGUGCUUUCCAAUAAAUCUCUACGCUGGUCUAUAGUGCGUAGCCUGUGCCCAAGUGUAGUCUUUGUAUUCAACAUUUCAUGUGAACAGAGAUGGUACUCGGGACAAGCCAAUGAGGGCUGUGUUGUGGGUGAUCGAACACUUCCCAUUGAAAAGGUGCAGGAGCGUCUUCACUGCCCCUGCAGAGUGUGGCUGAGAAUUGCCAUGAAGAAGGAAGUGCGUGGCAGUUGUGUUAGGUGGGCUGCAUUCAUUAAGGCGAAGCCUCUCAGUGGGCCCUCCUACUUGGCGGGAGACAUCAUUGUUCUAGGCACCUUUACUCGCUAACAGUGCACUCACAACUGGAAAGAGUGUCUUCAUGCGAUCGACAGUCAUACUAGAGACACAACCCAACACAUCAUCGGGGUUUUCACUGUGGUGUCCAUUUCGACCGAUCGGAUCUUACUGUCUGGACAACCCUCAUAUUAUAACAGAAGAAAGAAAAAUGCUUGUUAAUGUUAACUCAAGUGCAGGCCAGGAGACAUGAGUGGUGGUAGCCAUCUUAUUCAUGUUGGUACAGCAAUCCUGUGUGACACAAGAAAAUAUACAUAAGUAUCAAGGUUUCACUAUAUUACCUCUCAUUGUCAUAUUAUAUAAUUUAUGCUGAAUAUGUUAGUGCCAUAAGGAACAAAAUGGUAGUUUUAAGUUGAUGCUUAAUAAAUUAUUUGCUUGAUUCCGAUGUGGACUCAGGAUGUAAAAGUGAUAUUUCUUGCUGUACAUGUAUGAUAGUAAUUUUAGUAACUGUUAACAAUUACACUGUCUUUUAAUGUUUCAUUUACAUUAAAAAAAAAUCACAUACGACUACUGCAUGUAUAUACAUUCACAUAUCACUUUUAUUUCAUAAAUAAACUGAUCACAAACAUA